AUGCCGGGGAUCCUGCCUAUGAAGGUCAUCAAGGUGGGCACGAGCUCGCAAAGCCGCAUCGCCCAGGCCUGCGACCGCUGCCGGAGCAAGAAAAUCCGGUGCGACGGCAUCCGGCCGACGUGCUCGCAGUGCUCGAACGUGGGCUUUGAGUGCCGGACGAGCGACAAGCUCAGCCGGCGCGCCUUUCCGAGGGGCUACACCGAGUCGUUGGAGGAGAGGGUGAGACAGCUGGAGAACGAGACCAGGGAGCUGAAGGACCUGCUGGACGAGAAGGAUGAGAAGAUCGAUAUGCUUUCGAAGAUGCACGGCCACAGACAGCCGUCGGUUGCGUCGGCUGCAAGCCCCAAAUUGUCACAAUCGCGGACGGACCGGAGCUCACCCACGAGAGAAGAUGUGUUCCGCGUACAAGCAUCCCCGUUAUUACUGGGCGUGGAGAACUCGGACUCGUACUUCAUGGGACCUUCUAGCGGGCGCGCGUUUAUCGAGGCUUUCAAGCGGAAAAUCCAGGAGAGUGGCAAGUCGUGUUCGGACUUCAACCCGGAAGCCUUCCUUCACAUCCAGGGCUGCUAUCCACUCGUAGCGAAACCGCCGUCACAGUCCAUGAGAGUACCGCCACGACUGUUCUCGGACAGAUGUAUCAACAUCUACUUUCAAGAAUGGGCUCCCCUCUUCCCGGUGCUCCACAGACCAACGUUUCUCCGUCUUUACGAGGAGUUCGUCGCCGACACCGAGAAGGUGAAGAGCAACCACAAGAUCGCCCAGCUCUACCUGGUCUUCAGUAUCGCUGCCCUCUCGAGCGAGAAACCCGACAUUGAGCAGAUCGCUGCUUGCGAGGCCCAGUGGCAGCAGGCGCUUGAUGCUAUCAUCAUGGACAACACCAUGAACACGCUACAGUGCCUAGUACUGGCUCUCAUGUACUGCACCAUUCGAGCAGACUACAAGCGCCUUCAACAUUACAAAGGUGUCGCUGUCGGCCUGUCACAUAGGUUAGGCUUACAUCAAAGCCAGAAACGCUUUUCUUUUGGGGCGCUCACUAUUGAGACGAGGAAGAAGGUCUUCUGGACCUUGUAUGCUCUCGACUGCUUCUCUGCCGCCAUGCUAGGGCUUCCGAAACUACUAAAGGAGGACGAUAUACACGCGGAAUUUCCGUCAGAUACGGAUGAUGAAUACGUUACCGAGAAAGGGUUCCAACCCAGCUUGCCAGGAGAGUACACGAGACUCUCGAGUGCACUGGCACUGUUUAGACUAUCUCGGAUUCUUGCCAAGGUUCUCGAGAAGAACUAUCCAGCUGCCACCUCUCACGAACUAUCACUACAACAGAUUUCAGCGUUGGAUACGGAACUGUCGGAAUGGAAUGAUAACCUUCCGAACCAUCUCAAACUGAACUUCGCGCAAGACAAGCCGUCAACGGACAUUACUGAAAGCAGGUCUCCAAUACUGGCUCUGGUUUUCUAUUAUGUGCGGACGCUCAUCAACCGUCCGGCUGUCGGUUCCAACCUAGGAGCCAAGGCUGCGCCAGCAAUCAUAGCCGUGGGAGAGUCCAGCAAGCACAUCGUGCAAAUCGUCCAAUUGCUGGAAGAGAGGAGCAUGUGUUUCUCUUUCUGUCUCAACAAGACCGAUGUCCUCGUUCUAUGCGGGAUGACCCUCCUUUACCAAAGCUUGGAUCUGAAACAUGAGAGCAAGCUCAUGAAAGACGCCGAGCGACUUGUCAAUGCGGUUCUGAAAAUACUCCAGAAGGCGAAAGCUCCUGGGACAUACGACUUAAAACGGGUUGCCCAGAUGCUGAUCACUGUCGACGAGCCGUCUCAACUCAUGCCAAUGAGGACCAGCCCAGACACGACAAUGGCUGCACCGCCUUCGAGGCAGUCACCGCCGGCAAGCUUAAAGAAGAAGCUGCUUUAUAACAUGGGCCGCAACCCCGGUGCAAGUCUGAGUGAGACCGAUCUCAUAUCGCAACAGCAGACGCUACGGCGGAGCACCAUGCCCAGUGUCCCCAACAUCAGGCCUGAAAGCUACCGCCCUCAAUCACGCCCAUUACUCGAAACGAACUCAGAACACGUAGCGCCCCGUCGCGACCAUCGCUUCUCGAUAUCGCAGAUACAGCAGACGAUGAUGCGCAUGUCGCCAAUGAACAAGGUGAAACCGAACCUCGACUACUUAUCACUCAACAACACGCCAUCCGGGUCACAACCUUCGUCGCCAGUGCAGACGCGCAUACCGUCUUCGCAGCAGCCCAUGGCCCAGUCUCAACAACAACAACAACAACAACAACAACAACAACAACAGCAGCAGCAGCAGCAACAUACGCACCUAUAUCACGCAAACCAGAUGAACAAAGGAGGCGGCUCCGGCGGCGGGGUCUCGCUCUCGGAAUGGGAAGCCCUCCUGGGCGCGAUGGACGGCGGCCAGGUCAACGUCUACGACGCCAUAUACGGCGGGCCGGCCCUUGGGUCGUCGUCGUCCAUGACCGAGACCCCGACGAGCGCCGCGACGCAGUUUGAGAAUUGGUCACCCGAGUCGUGGGACCUGUCCGGCUUCAACAUCGGCGACCUCGCGCCGGGGGCGACAGGGGGGAACAACCCAAACCCGGUGGGCUCGCAGAGCGUGCUUAGCCUUAGCCUUAGUGACGACAGCAUCAGCUCGGUCGACGACCACGCCUCGGCGAGCGAUUUGUACCUCAGCAUGGGUGGUGGUGGGGAGGACUACCAGAACGGGGGCAUGCUACAGUACCAGCAGCACUCGCGGACGAGUCACGACGGGCCGUUGAUAUCGGACGGGCUGGAUUUGAGCAACAUGGGAUUAUGA